AUGGCUCUCCGCGGCGACACUGGCCACACUGCUACGCAUUUGCAUGAGGUUCUAACCACCAUGAGCUCCACCACCAUUGAGAAGCUAAAUCUCAACUUCAUAGGAGGCGGCAAGCCACUUAUCCAGAAGGUCCCUGCGUUCCUCCGUAGCAUCAAGCACGCCGAACGCCUAUUCACCCCGGACAUCGUCGCCAUCGGCCCAUGCCAUCAUGGGAACCCGCAUCUGCAGAGCAUGGAAGACAUCAAGAAGAUGGCCGCGAUGGAGUUCUGCUGCAGCUCACACCACCAGGUCCCGGCUUUCUACCACAACGUCCGAGAGGUUGUGGCGCAAGCCAGGGCCUGCUAUGCCUGUGACCUCGGUGGCAUCAACGACGACAAAUUCACCGAGAUGAUGUUCUACGACGGCUGCUUCCUCUUGCAGUUCAUGACGAUGCAAGCGCUGGACCGCGGCCCACCAGCCCACUGGAAGAUGCCGCGGCUUAGCGAGAAUUGGGUGCGGCGCAUCUCGCGCGACAUCCUCCUCGUCGAGAACCAGAUCCCGUGGGUUGUUCUGGAGGCCCUGAUGCGCCUCAAGCACGUCCUCGUCGACCGCUACAUCGCGACCGCCAUCAGCGACUUCGACGUGCAAUGGGCGAAGCCGCAGGCCGACUUCGAGGGGGUCGACAAGUACCAGCCCUUCCACCUUCUCGACCUUGUUCGCCAACGCCAGCUCGGCCCCGUCCCGAGCCCCAAAGUCGACGAAGCGCCGCGACCGAUGCUGAACAUCAGCUCGGCGCUGGAGCUCGCCGAGGUCGGCAUCCACCUCACCGCUAGCAGGACCGCGCGGUUCGGCGACAUCGGAGUCGGGAAGGGGCUGCUGUUCGGGAAACUCUGGCUCCCUCCGGUCUACCUCGGCGAGCUGACCAUGUGCUGGCUGACAAACAUGGCGGCCUUCGAGAUGCUGCAGGGCGGGACGUCGGACUACGGUGUGAGCUCUUACGUGCAGAUCCUCGCGGUGCUCAUGAACCGUGCGGACGACGUGCGGGAGCUGCGCACCAAGCGCAUACUGUACCCGGUGCUCAGUGACCAGCAGACGCUCGACUUCUUCAAAGCCAUCUGCCAGUAUCUGCCGUAUGGCCACCAGUACGAACGUGUUCUUCAGCAACUCAGCGACUACCACCAGAACCGGAGAGUGAGGGUCAUGCUGCACAAAUUCGUCUACAACAACAUCAAGUACCUCCUCACGGCCGGCUCCGCCCUCGGAUUUCUGAUACCCAUCCUCAAAGUCAUCCUUUCGCUCAAGCAAACAAAGGCAACAGCUCCCGGUGCGUAA